GAUUCAUCUCAGGCAGAUUGUUUUGUGCAGCAAGUGUACCUAAUGUUCUGGCCGUUCGCUGUGUUAUCAUUUCACAAGAGCGGAAAAGCGCUGAUAUCUUAAAACUUAUUAUCCAAGGAGCAGGAUGAGAAAACUGAUAGCAUCCUCCCAGAACGCGAAGAGCCGCAGUGGAUUCUUCUUUUCAUUCUUGGUGGCAAAUUACGCGCGUGAUAAUCCGCGGUGACGUGGGUCCCUUCGGUGAACUGGCAGCGCGUGCGCGUGCACGCAUUCAAACUUGCAGCGAGUGGAGGGGAACAGUUCCCCUUGCAAAUGUCGCGGCAGGUGGCAGCUGCCGCAGACCUCCGCCCGAACACCGCCGUGGACGUGGACGUGGAUCCAGCUGCCGGCUGAUGUACCCCGCGCACCUGCACUUUCAUCCGCAAGAAGUGGGACUCGAGCGACCAUGAGCUCCGCUUUGCCCAAAAGCGAAUCCGCAACGUCCCUACUGAGGUCCGCCGGGCUCCAGCGCAGAUCCACGCAGUCCGACCACGGCCCGCACGGGCACCGGAACCAGCGCGGCCAGAAAGCGGCCGCCGACGCCGGCCGGUCGGAAGAGGCGAGCGUCCGGAGACCCCUGUGCCGUCCCGGCCACGCAGAGAAAGGCGCGGAGGACGUUAAACGCAAAACGCGCGUCAAAUCCGGAAGGUCCAAGCAGUCCGCGGGAACCGGGGCUCGCGGACGGGACGCCAAGGGAUCCCAGGGUGCGGCCAAGGAGGAACGGGACGACUCCGACUUCUUCUUCGAGACCGACAAAGGGACGGUGAGCGGCUCAGCCUCCAGCCUGAGCUCGGACGCUGCCGGUCGUGGCCCCGUUCCGAGUCGGCCCGCCUCCGGCCGGAGGUCCAAGAGGCUCAGCACCGUUUCGGACUAUGAUGCGAGCCUGCACCCCAUCGUCAAGUCUGUCUUUGGACAAGACAGAGAGCUGCGGCCAGAAGAAAUGGAUGAGCUGCGCGAGGCGUUCAAGGAGUUUGACAAGGACAAAGACGGUUUCAUCGGCUGCAAAGAUUUGGGCAACUGCAUGAGGACGAUGGGAUACAUGCCCACAGAGAUGGAGCUGAUCGAACUUAGCCAGCAGAUCAACAUGAAUCUUGGCGGACAUGUCGACUUUGAGGACUUUGUUGAACUCAUGGGGCCCAAACUUCUGGCGGAGACGGCGGACAUGAUCGGCGUGAAGGAGCUGCGUGAUGCAUUCAAGGAGUUUGACACCAACGGCGACGGUCAGAUCAGCACAGCCGAACUCAGAGAAGCGAUGAAAAAGCUUUUGGGACAACAGGUCGGUCACAGAGAUCUGGAGGACAUUUUACGAGACAUAGACCUCAACGGAGACGGUCAUGUGGAUUUUGAAGAAUUUGUGCGGAUGAUGUCUCGAUGACUUGUCCUGCUGACCUUUUGGGAGAGUGGAAAAAAAUAAUGUUAAAAAUCAUAUCAAGUCAGCCCUGAAACUGCAACGCGAGAGCCCAACGGCUGGCGAGCACAGCAAGUCAACACUGUUUUUUGGGUGUCUUCUCCUGCUGUCUCUUUCAACGCAUUUCUUUGGACUAUCAACGGCGUUUUGUUUUGUUUUUAAUAUCAAGGAUUUUUUUUUCUGGUAUGGUUGGUGCUAAUGUACUUGUUGAGUUGAGUAAAUCUAUCUGACAAUACCAUUUAAUGUGUAGCGAUUUAGACGAUGUCGUCCACUGAGACCCGAUGAGUUCGUGUGGACUUACGAAGCUGCUGGUAUUUAAAAAAAAACAUGGAGGUUUUCUCAGGGGUUAUUUUCUAAAUGCGUGAUAUGUUCAUAGCACCAGUGGAAUGGUGAAAUGCACUAGGGGAUAUUAAGGUGGGAGAAAAGCACGGACACACGAUGGCAAUAUGGACAUCUCUGUGGGGUCUUGUCAAAAUGUGUCAUUUUAUUUCUGGUGCAUAUUUUCGUUGCGGUUUCCCCCCCACCCUGUAGAUAAUUUCCCAUUCAGUGAGCGCACCUUGCAGUAAGUUAUUAUUUUUUUUCUGUCAUGAAAUGCCAUGUAACAAAAAGACAAUUGUCUGGUUGUAAAAAAAAACAAAAA